AUGCGGCUGUACCUUGCAGAAGUGGUGGUGGUGGUGGUGGUGGUGGGGGGGCUUAAAAUCGCCAAGUGUGGAGGUGUAUCUCCCCAAGAUUUCUAUGUCUGCGCUUCCCGCCCGGAUGAGCCCCUCCGGGCCGGCGCCGUUUAUAACUUGGCGCCCCGUCUCCUGGGUGGCAAAGGAGGCUUUGGCUCCAUGCUGCGAGCGCUCGGCGCUCAGAUCGAGAAGACGACCAAUCGCGAGGCUUGCCGAGAUCUGAGCGGACGCCGCCUGCGAGACGUCAACCACGAGAAAGAGAUGGGCGAGUGGCUGAAGCAGCAGGCGGAGCGCGAGGCAGAGCGCGAGGAGCGGCGGGCCGAACGCUUGCGCAGGAAAACGGCCCGACCCCAGCACGAGUUCAGCGACCCCGAGUACCAACGCCAGUGCCACACCCUGGCCGAGAGGCUAGAGGACUCCGUGCUCAAAGAGUUCAUUGCUCACGUGGCGACACUUGCAGGUUUGCAAGCGGCGUCCGCUUCGCGAGCGGGCCCUUCUUGCCGAGAACCUCCCGUCAAAAAGCGGAAGACCGAGGGGGCGUGUUCCUGGACCGGAUUGGACGACCUGAGCUCCGACAGCGAUGCGGAGUCCGCGGAAGAGCCCGGGCAGGAGGCGGAGCCCGAUACCGGUGGAGCGAGCGCGGCCUCCGGCGGCGAUUCGUUGCAGAACGGCGACUCCGCGAGCACACCCGACUCGGAGAGUCGCUGA